CCCCGCCCCCCUGGGGAGUUCCUUCCGCGCGGGGACCGAAUCGCCCAGCCCGUUCCCAUUUCUCUGCCGCCAGCGCGUGAGGAGAAUCUCCCUGAGGCCCCCACACUGUCUUAGGACCCAGAAGAGCCUGGAACUCCGCACGCCUGAGGCCCCGGGACGCUUUUCUUUCCUCCCGGAAGCCCCGAGACUGCAGCGAAGUGAAGCUCGUACCAGUUCCACCUCCUCCACCUCCUCCUCCUCCUCCUCUGCCAGAGCUCUUCUCGCCUCGCUCCUUAACCUGCUGUGAAACUUCCUCCGCCCGGCGCCUGCAGCCUCGGACUCCAGAGUAGUAUCCCUGAGGUGAUGUUUGAGCAAGGAUGGACAGAGACCAUUGCCCAAACAAGAGUCUUCAGUGGCUUGAAGAACCAACUUUUCCCCAAGGCUUUGCUGGAACCUGGGACCCAAGAAAACCUCCUCUCUGUACACAACCCUGAAGAGAAAGGCUGAAUGGCUUCUACUCUGGAUUUCCUUGACCAAAGCUAGAGACAAGGCAGGGAAAAGAUGGAGAAGUUUCACCAGCUGGAUUCACUGGGGCUACUUUGCUACCUCUAUAGGGAGCCUGGAGUCUCAGGGAUGGCCUUUGAGAGGAACAGAUUCCCAGACCAGGAGGUGGUGACAUUCAAGGAUGUGUCUGUGGAGUUCACACAGGAGGAGUGGCGCCUCCUGUCCCCUCCCCAGAAGGAGCUGUACAAGGAGGUGAUGCUGGAGAAUGCCCGGAACCUGCUCUCUGUGGGGCUUCCAGCUUCCCCAGAAGACGGGUUCUCUUAUUUGGAGCAGAGGGAAGCCCCAUGGAUGCUGGAGCAAGAAGGCCUGAGGAGCUGCUGCCCAGGAGAGAUCAUACCUGAAAUGAAGUUGAAUCCAACAAAGGUGAACUCUCCUGUAGAAGAAAUGAUCUUACAAAGAUUCAUGAGAGAUUGUCCCAAUAACUUAAUUUCUGGAGAAUUCUCUGUUGCGUCUCAAAAUUUAUCCCGUAUUGAACAUCAAAGAAGGCAGACUGGGGAGAAACCUUAUCAAUGCAAACAAUGUGGAAACACAUUCAGUCUGCGCUCCAGUCUUGCUGUACAUCAGAGAAGGCACACUGGGGAGAGACCUUAUGAAUGCCAGGAAUGUGGAAAGACUUUUAGUCAGAGAUCCCAUCUUGCUACACAUCAUAGAAUCCACACUGGGGAGAAACCUUAUGCAUGUAAGCAAUGUGAAAAGAGAUUUACUUCUAGUGCUAAUCUUGCUAGGCAUCAGAGAAUGCACACUGGGGAGAAACCUUAUGAAUGCCAGCAAUGUGGAAAGUCAUUUGGUCAGAGGUAUCAUCUUGCUAAACAUCAUAGAAUCCACACUGGGGAGAAACAUUAUAAAUGCCAGCAAUGUGGAAAGGCAUUUGGUCAGAGGCGAUGUCUUGCUAAGCAUCAGAGAAUGCACACUGGAGAGAAACCUUACGAAUGCCAAGAAUGUGGAAAGAUACUCAGUCGGAGGUCCACUCUUGCUGUACAUCAAAGAAGGCACACUGGGGAGAAACCUUAUGAAUGCCAAAAAUGUGGAAAGACAUUCAAUCAGAGUUCCAAUCUUGCUGCACAUCAGAGAAUCCAUACUGGGGAAAAACCUUAUGAAUGUAAACAAUGUGGAAAGACAUUUAGUCAUAGUUCCAGUCUUGCUGCACAUAAGAGAAUGCACAGUGGGGAGAAACCUUAUGAAUGCCAAAAAUGUGGAAAGACAUUUAGUCAUCGUGCUAAUCUUGUUCGACAUCAGAGAAUCCAUACUGGGGAGAAACCUUAUUAAUGCAAACAGUGUGGAAACACAUUCAAUCUGAGCUCUGAUCUUGCUGUACAUCAGAGAAGGCACACUGGGGAGAAACCUUAUGAAUGCAAACAAUGUGGAAAUUCAGUUUGAGUGCUAGUCUUGCUAGACAUCAUGAAACCCACACUGCAGAGAAAUCUUGUGAAUGCAAGCAAUGCGGAAAGGCAUUCAGGCUGUAUUCUAAUUUUACUGUACAGUACAUCAGAGAAUUCACAUGUCGGAGAAACAUUAUGAAUGUUAAGAAAUGUGGGAUGAUAUUCACAUUGCAGUUCCAGUCUUGCUAUUGUGUGAAGGAAAUUUACCCUAUCCCUUUCUGAAGCAACAGAAAUAAAAAGAUAACUAAUGAUGUGUGUUUCCAAUAUGAAAUAAAACUAUUGAUGUUCCAUGUA